UUAAAGUCAAAUAAUGGAUUAUUGAUCUGCGCCAAUAUUUAUAAAGAUUUAUUUUUAUGUGAUGUUCUUUUUUUUGAAAUUCCUAAUUUGAAAAUGUUUGAUCAAGAUGAUGAUUUUAACAUCGAUGAGGAUUUUUUAAGCACUCUAUCCAGUGAUAUUGUUAGUUCAACGCCACUCUCUGAUGGAACAAAUUUCGUAUUUCGAAAAUCUGCCGUACCUUCGCCUGAAAAAACGACAAUACAUUUUAGAAAUACGGUUAAACAUUUUCCGACAAAUAUAUUUAAUAAUGAUGAGGUAACAGAUGAUAGCUUCAAUUUAGACUCAGAGGAUCAACAGAAACCUUCUUCUCAAGGCAAUAAACGUACAUUUUCCGAAUUAAUAAAUAAUGAAAAUACGAACCAAAGUCAUAUUAAUGCUAAAUUAAAAAAAUUUGCAUUUAGUCCAGUUAAGAGGCCUGCUGAGAGUAUAAUAGAAAUAUUACAAAAUGAUAAAGCAUCCAAUACAAGCUCAAAUUUAGACAUUUCUCAAAAUAAACAAAAUCCCACAAUAAACCAAACGAAUGAGAGAAAUGUUGAAAAGAAAAAUGAAUUUAAUAGAAUUACAAAUACGAAAUUAAAGCAAUUAACAAGUAGUGAGCAAAAUAUUCACAUUAACAAGCCAGUAGUACAGCAUAAUUCAAAACCGCUAGUACAAAAACGUAAAUUUCCGGGGCCUGCAGGUUUAUUACCAGAAAUUAAUAGUGUAAAAGAAACAACAAAGUUGAAAUUACCCGAUUUAGAAGAUGAAACAGUGUCAAAUAUUACAAUAUUGGUACCAAUUUGUUCGCAAAAUAGUGAUAAUUUAUUUACCAAAGGACCAUGGCAACAAAUGUUAAAUGACUACGGAAGACCAACUACGGACUCCUUGCCAGGAAAAUAUACAAUUUCUUGGUUAAAAUCCACAGCCAAUGUAAGACAAUUGAUUCAACAAAAAUCGCCAUUUUUAGCAGCAAUUAUUGAUUCUAUUAAUGAUAAUUUUAAUGUUAAAUUAAAAGAUCAAACUGGGGAAAUCGAUGGAGUUAUAGAAAAAGAAGUAUGGGAUUCAUAUGGAGAUGUUUUGAAUGUAGGAUCUGUAUUAGUAUUACGACAAGUGGGUGUGCUAACUUUUUCCGCCAAAAAGCAUUAUUUAAAUAUAACUGCGAAUACAAUCGUUAUUAUUUACUCAAAUAACGAAGAAAAUUUAACUGUUGAUAUUACUAAGGGUUUAAAUUACUUAAACUUAUUGGAAUUUACUAACUCGAUAAAUACUAUUCGUGAACAGAAUCAACGAAAUAAUUUUAGUAAAAAAAGUGUUAAUAAUUUGAUAAACAAACCAAGUCUUACACAUUGUGUUAAUAAUUCAAACAACAGCUCAUCAAAUGUGAUAAUGCAAUCAAACAAUCUUAAUACAAGCUCGAAUUUUAUGCCACAAUUUUCAAAACGUAAAAGUUUUGUUUCACCUUUUUCAAAUCCAAAUUCGAUAAGAUCCAACACCAAUGGGCCCGAAACACAUCAAAGUUCCCAACAAUCGUCCACCUCUUCUGUUGUUACCCCAACUAAAAAAUUUAAUUUUGCUAAGUCUAAAUUGAGUCCGACGAACAACUCAAUUCAAAUCAAUCAAAAUACUAAAGUUGAUGAAAACAAAGAAGAUAAUGCAGAUAUUGAAUCGAUCGUAAGUAGUACAUUUAAUGGAAUUGAUGCAGAUUCAUUUUUCGAUGAUUUUUGA